AUGGCAGAAAAUAAGCUCAGGGUCGAGAAACUUAAUAUCAUUGCGAUUAAUGUAAACUCUAUUAUCACCAUUCAACGCAGGAUUAACCUAUCCGAAUUAGUAGCCAAGUACAAACCAGACUUUGUCCUUCUAAGCGAAACAAAGCUUAACAGUCGAUUCAAAAUUGCUAUUGAAAAUUAUACAAUGAUCAGAAACGAUAGACCGUAUUCAAAGCAGGGCGGUGGAACUGCAAUGCUGAUAAAGAACCCAUUUGAAUUUGUGCAGAUUACGCCAGUAUGUUUGUCAGGGGCAAAAGUCUUAGAAGCUUCGGUCGUCAAAUUGAAAGUUAACAACUCUCUCAACUUAUUCAUAAUUGCUGCUUAUGCACCGGGUGGUCAUAAAAAAGAAUUUAUUCCUGAGAUCGGUAAGCUCUUUGAAGAGUUGGAUUUAUCUGAUCCCUCGAACCUGUAUAUUUUGGCUGGAGAUCUCAAUGCAAAACACACCUCGUGGCAGAACGCAACCAAUAAUCCCAGAGGCGUAUUGUUGCAUAAAUGGAUUCAUGAUAACGAAAUUAAUCUAAGACUGCAGCUAUUUGGCUCACUGUUGCCUUCAUAUCCGCGAGGGAGUUCAUUUAUUGACAUAUGCUUAGCGGACAACAGAUUAACGGCUCAUGGAAUAACAGAAGAUUACAGGCUCGAGUCGCUACCGUACGACAGUGACCACAAUGCGAUCCUAAUGUCCUUUUCAUUUCAUACGUCACUUCCGUUUGUUUUAGAAAGAAAAACCGAAAAUCGUUCAUAUAACUUUGCCGCGACAGACUGGGAAUCUUUCGCAAAGUGUGUUGACAAAUCGAAGGAUUUAGAAAUCCCCGACGAUAGAAAUCUGGCUAAUACCGAAAUUGAUAGUUACCUAACCAAGAUUGAAAGCGUUAUCAAAGAUGCCGUAGAUAAAAUAGUGCCGAAAAUUAAAACGAACCAGAACACCUUAAAAGCAUAUACCACACACGAAAUAAAAAAUCUACACAAACACAAAACUUACUUAAUCUCGCAGAUAAACAAACUCCACAAACAAAAUGCACGAGGUAAUCUAGUACGUUUGAAUAUUCUAAAAGACUUAUUGAAAAAAACCCGAAAUAAAAUUAAGACAAAACUCGCUACCUCGGUAAACGGAUAUUGGGAAAACAAAAUCAGAAAUAUCAGUAUGGAUAAAGCGGACAAGAUGUUUCCGCAAAUAAAUAGACUUUUCAGACCCCGUGGCUCAGCUCCUAUACCUAUUUUAACUGUACCUAGCGACAAAGAAAAUCUUUUAACGGAUGCUAGAAUCACCCAUGAUGCCGUGGCCAGGGACCAGUCAAAUAACUUCAUUAUUGCAAAGCAAGACGAUAAGCUGAAUUUGAUCGGGGCGCAUUUUGCCGCCACAAAUAUCCAGAACGUUAACUUAGGAAAACCCAAUCUUAUAAAAAUAGUUGAAACUAAAGUUUCGGAACUAAAACGAGAGAUGGAGGAAGACAAAGCCAGCAACAGAACGGUAGUUUCCUUCUCUAAACACAACACAGCGACUUGUCCGUCAAGGGAGGAAAUUCCAAACUACUUUACGUCUCUAUCCAAGUUAUUAACGUUAUUUAAAAACCUGAAUAAUAAGAAGUCUGCGGGAUACGAUAACAUCCCCAAUGCAGUCCUUAAGCACUUACCACGUAAGAUUAUUAGUUAUUAUUGUAUUUUGUUUAACAAUGCUCUGAACAACAUGUACUUCCCUGAUUGUUGGAGAACUGCCAAAGUCAUUGCCUUACUAAAAAAAGAUAAAGAAAGCUCAAACCCCUCUAGUUACAGGCCAAUCAGCCUGCUGCCAAACAUAAGUAAAAUAUUCGAGGUAGUAGUGAACAAGUCCUUAGCAGUAUUUUGUGACGAAAACGAGAUUAUUCCUGAGAGCCAGUUUGGCUUCCGUCACAGACACUCGACAAUCCACGCAAUAUCCAAAUUCACCUCGGACAUCUGCUGGUCUCUGAAUAACAGCGAAUGCGUGGCAGCAUGCCUGAUUGACCUGGAAAAAGCAUUUGACACCGUCUGGCUGGACGGGUUGUUCUAUAAGCUAAUGAAAAAGAAUUUUCCCAAACAUCUGAUAAAGAUGCUGUGGGUCAUGUUGCAUGAUAAAUAUUUCCACGUCUGUGACGGAUCAAAUACAUCCUCCAUAAAGUUCGCCAUUGCCGACGGUCUGCAACAGGGAACUGUCAACUCGCCUAUUUUAUUCAACAUAUUCAAUAGCGAUAUUUUGACACUGUUUGACCUGAAUAAGGUUGCCUCCAAAAAAGCAAUCGCCUUCGCGGACGAUCUGGUUGUCUACAUCUCAGGCAACAAGCCCUCCGAACUGAAAGUACAGCUGCAAGAACUUUCCAUAAAACUGAUAGAUUAUUACAAUACUUGGAAGUUAAAAAUUAAUACGUCAAAAUGUGAGACAAUUUUAUUCAGGCCAAAUCUUAAGUUCGCAAAUCGUGACACCAAAAAGAAUUGGAGAAAUUUCUCAAUCUCCGACGGCAGAAACGGAGGUCACGCGGUCCCGCAUAAAAAUAUAGUCAAGUAUUUGGGAAUUAAUAUAGACUUUCAAUUGAAAUUCAAUUUACACGUCAACGCCCAGUUGGCAAGGGCACAGAAGGCGUUCAACAGUGCGAACCGUCUGUUUUAUUGUAAAUAUUUAGACAAGAGGAUAAAAAUUCUAUGUUACCUGCUUCUGAUCAGACCUAUAAUAACGUAUGGGUGUCCAAUAUGGUUCAACCUGAGCGCGGGAACCAUGGAUAAAAUACGUGUUUUUGAAAGAAAAUGUAUCCGCGCCUGUCUGGGCAAGUACAGGUCGGCGUCGUCGCUCUAUGUUCGAUUCAUUAGUAACGCGGAAAUCUAUAAUGAGGCGAACAUAAACAGGAUCGAUUGCUUCAUAUUGAGGCUGAUAAGGAACCAUUUCGCAAAUGCAGUAAAGAUCGGAGAAAAUAAUCUCAUUCGUGGUCCAUUUUUUCCGAAUCCGUUAUAUUUUGCCAAAUCUUUGUUAUCAGGGUUCAUUCCGCCGGAGGCCUUUACUUAUCUGGACGAGAACGAAUACAUUCAAGAUGCAAACAAUAUUCCUAUCAUCUAUCAUGUAUUGAGAGGCACUCGACAAAAACAAAUUUUAUACACUCCCGCUCCGAAUGUCAACACCGCGCUAAUGCGAUUUAACACCGAUUUACCAGACAAAGAUGUAUCCGACAGACAUAGACAGAACAGUGACAAGUAUUGGUGGCUCAAUCGCUAG